AGUGCGAGAGGAGCCGGCUGAGCACCGAACUGGCCCGCUGCCCGGCCGCCGAGACCCGAGGGACCAGGACGCGCCGGCCGGCGUCGGGGCCCUUGCCAGGUGCCGGGCAGGAUCCGGACAGAGCGCGCCAGCGAGAUGGAGGAGGUAAGAGCGGGCGCGGAGUAGCCGGCCGGCCCCCUUACCCCGGGCUCGCACCUCCUCCAGCGUCCUGGCUCCGAGGCUGCCAUGGAGGUGCCCAACGUCAAGGACUUCCAGUGGAAGCGCCUGGCGCCGCUGCCCAGCCGCCGGGUCUACUGCUCCCUGCUGGAGAGCGGGGGCCAGAUCUAUGCCAUCGGGGGGUGUGACGACAAUGGCGUUCCCAUGGACUGCUUCGAGGCCUACUCCCCAGAGGCCGACCGGUGGACCGCCUUGCCCCCGCUGCCCACAGCCCGGGCCGGCGUGGCUGUCACCGCCCUGGGGAAGCGCAUCAUGGUGAUCGGGGGUGUGGGCACCAGCCAGCUGCCCCUUAAAGUCGUGGAGAUGUACAACAUCGACGAAGGCAAGUGGAAGAAGAGGAGCAUGCUGCGGGAGGCCGCCAUGGGCAUUUCCGUCACGGCCAAAGAUUACCGAGUGUAUGCAGCAGGUGGCAUGGGCCUGGACCUCCGUCCACACAACUAUCUCCAACACUAUGACAUGCUCAAGGACAUGUGGGUGUCACUAGCACCCAUGCCCACUCCCAGAUAUGCUGCCACCUCCUUCUUGCGAGGUUCCAAGAUCUACGUGCUGGGGGGACGACAGUCCAAGUACGCGGUCAAUGCCUUCGAAGUAUUUGACAUCGAGACCCGCUCCUGGACGAAGUUCCCCAGCAUUCCCUGUAAGCGGGCCUUCUCCAGCUUCGUGGCUCUGGACAAUCACCUGUACAGCCUGGGCGGCCUGCGGCAGGGCCGGCUCUACCGCCAGCCCAAGUUCCUGCGUACCAUGGAUGUGUUUGACAUGGAGCAGGGAGGUUGGAUGAAGAUGGAACGCUCCUUUUUCCUCAAAAAGCGGCGUGCAGACUUUGUGGCUGGCCCCCUGAGUGGACGGGUCAUAGUGGCCGGAGGACUUGGGAACCAGCCCACUGUCCUGGAGACUGCAGAGGCCUUCCACCCAGGGAAGAACAAAUGGGAGGCGCUCCCUGCCAUGCCCACGCCCCGCUGUGCCUGUGCCAGCAUCGUGAUCAAGAACUGCCUGCUGGCUGUGGGGGGUGUCAACCAGGGCCUAAGUGAUGCAGUGGAAGCCCUAUGUGUCUCUGACUCCUAGCUACUCCAUACCCUGCACCCAUGCCCUGCCUGGCUCCCCACCUCCUGACAUGAAGAACAUUCCAGGUCAACACUGGCGCUUCUGGCCUGAACUGUAGCUCCACACUGGCUAUGGGGAGGCCUCUGCUUAUGCUCAGGCUGGGACCCCAGAUUCUUACUCCCUCCAUGACUGGGAGGGCAGUGCCCAGCCAGAGGAUGCUCAUCUGUGCCCUCCUUCCCAGCUCAACCAGCAUGAAGUUCUCUCGGGUUAGAAAAUGGGGUCAACCUCUCUCCCAUCUAUCCCCCUUCUGUGGGCCAUCACUCUGGACCUUCAUAGUUCUUGUCUACACAGCAAGAAAUUGCCCUACCGGCUUCAGGAAAGGAAAGUGAGUUCACAGAGCCAGGAAGGACCUACACCUCUCAGGUCUUCAGUGGGAAGGAGGGCCCAGAAGAGUCUCCCCACCCCUCUUAACCUGUUUCUCCUUCUGCUACCCCUGGGAGAGGGGGUGGCUGUGAUCCUCAGAAGCCCCUGAGAGUUUCAACUUUCUCAUUUACACUGUGUACUCCAGUCCACAAGGCUGGAUUCACUGCACUCUGGCUAACUGCACAGCACAAUAAUUAAAAUCUAUAUUCCUA